AUGCUAGGUUCAGCUGAACUCUUUGAUUAUACAUUGCAUCUGGCCUUUUGGGAUGCAAUGUUGCUUUUUUCAGUUUCUGCUUUAGUUACCCUUGUUUUUGCAGGUCCUUAUCACGGUGGAGUUUGGAAAAUAAAGGUGGAACUUCUAGAUGCAUGCCUGUAUAAAUAUCCGUCAAUUGGUUUUAUUAAUAAAAUGUACCAUCCAAAUGUUAUUGAGAUCUCAGGAUCAGUUUGUUUAGAUGUUAUCAACCAGACCUGGAGUCCCAUGUUUGAUUUGACAAAUGUGUUUGAAGUGUUUCUCCCACAACUUCUCUUGUAUCCUAACCCGUCGGACCCAUUGAAUGGGGAGGCAGCUGCCCUGAUGAUGCGAGACCGAACUGCAUAUGAACAGAGAGUUAAAGAGGCAGCUACAAAAAGGGAACUUCCAGAUGUUGUCCGCUUAAGUCAACCUACCUAUUAA